AUGCCCGACUUUGAUCAGGUGCCGGUUCUGCGCUGCUCCAGAGUCAGAACAGAGGCAUUCACAUCAGCCCAGAACAAAACAGCCAUGGCACGCGGAUCCAGCAUCCUUGCAGGCGCGGUGCUGCUGGCUGGCCUGGCAGCCCUGAACUCCGUGUCCUUCGUGAAUCCUCAGCCCGUUGAGAGAAGCAGCCGCAUGGCCAUGAAGGGUGCUGCCAGGGAGUGGGAUCCUGUGCUGACCCGGGAUGUGGUCGAAGUCAUGGCCACUGCUCCAGCCCAGGGUCAACGUUACCGCAUGAUGGUGCGGGCUGAUGCUGAUGUGUCUGAAGUGAUCAAGGCUGCCAGGAAGAAGCUGGCAUUUGACCAGGACUGGAUCCCUGACUCUGACUUCAAGCUCUACAACGCCGAUGACGAGGCAGCAGGACCCAUGAAGGGCAAGAUGAAGGACAAUGGCCUGAUUGACUUCUCCUUCGAGAUCCACUUGAUGUAUGAGCCUCAGUGA